UGCUGUCUUUCACAAGGUGCUGCGAUAACUCUGCCAUGGCCUCAUUACCACCGUUGCGGCCUUCAGGCCAAAGCUCAUCAGCGCCAGCUCCACUCAUUUCCAACGACAACUAUGCCUUUUCGCUUCUACCAAGCCAAAGCACGUCAGCAUCAUACCCACUUAACUCUUCCAAUCAGUACUCUCAGCCAGGCGCAGGUACUGCGCUACCUCAGAGCACGGGAGUGCCGCAGCAGCCGUAUCCGCCGCCGCUGCUAGCGAACCCAUACUCACAAUCGUUGCCACAGGCGGCAGUGCCUCAGAAUAGAUACUCAUCGCCUUAUGCGCUACCACCCCAGAACGCAUAUUCGUACCCAUCAGCUUCUGCAGGUCCUCUGGGUGGCGCAUCGCGGGAUUCAUCCCUGCCGCAGCCGCAGACUUUCCAACCAGGCGCAUCGUAUACUUAUGGCGCACCUCCGCAAGCAGUACCGCAGCAGCAGACGCCGCACUACCCCUCAGUCCCUACACAAUGCGCACCAAAUGCGCACCCAUCAAGAACGCCCGACGGGCGGCUACCGCAGCACACAUCCAAGGCAGAUGUCCUCGCGACAGUCUCUAUUCAGGAUGGCGAUGACCCCAAGUCUUUUGCCACUGCGGAGACGCUCAGUCGCUACACUAGGAUGUUUCCCGAGGCGGAGAACGAUCAAGGAUGCCGGCUGUUCAUGUACGGGCCGAAAUGCCCUACCACCUUGUUGAUGACGUUGUUUGAGCACUUCGACUUCCCGCGCUACUCGUUGUUCCCGUACGGUCUCUUCAACGACUUCGCAAAGACGAACAAGCCUGAUACGGGCUCGUGCAAGUGCCAAAGAUGCGCGAAGGGCGAGAUCUGCGGCCAUUGGGCCCUGUACUGCAACCUCCAAUUUUAUUUGCAUCAAGAUAUCGUGCCGUCGUCGACAAAGCAGCCAAAGGUCGACGCUACGUCCGACGCGAUCAUCAUUUCCUCGGGAUACGAGGAGGAAAAGUUCCUCAUGGCAGAUUGGAAUCUGCAGAUUUUCCGCUUCCGCUCCCGGCGCGUUGAAACUACGGAUUUCGCCUAUGAUGCCUUGAUGUAUCAAAACUACGAGAAUUCGACCAGGUUGAGAUCCGCUCCACUAGACUACCUGCUUUCUCAGCUUGAAGUCAUUUUAACUAAUUGGGGUGCACUGCUUACGGCAUCAUCGCGCUUCCUAGACUCAUUUAGAUUCGAAGUCCUUCAAGAACGCUUAGAAACAGAUCGCAACAUCGUCAGAAACCUUGUUAGCGCGGCCCAGCGCUGGGAAGAAUUUCGUCGAGUACUUCAGAAUCAGCUAGUGAGCCUAGAGUCCCUCGAGAAUAUCCAUGCCGAUCCGAGGUGGACCGAAGGACGCGACGAUUACUGGGAGAUCAUGGCUGUAUGCAGCGGGUAUCUGCGGCAGUUCAAGAACAUUGACUUUCGUAUUUGCACAGAGCUAAUCAAAGAGACCGAUAGCCUCAUCCAGCGAGUGACCAAUCUGAUUAGCAUCGACGAAGGGUAUCGUUCGCGCGAGCAGAAUGACAGUAUUCGAAGACUAUCAUGGAUCACCGUAUGCACGCUUGAUGCAAGACCACUGCGACCGGCUAACAGGCUGUAUAGUUCAUAUUUUUGCCUCUCAUUUUCGCAGCGGUAACUUACCCUCUUUAACGGGAGCCUGAGUUGUUACUAAUCAGCAGACAGGGCAUUUUCGGCAUGAACGUGGACCUCUUCAGCGAUGACCCUUCAUGGCUAUACUAUCUGUACACUUCAUUGGUAGUUAUGUGCAUUGCUAUGGGAGGUUAUACACUAUUGCGUUCGAGAAGGCGGUUGACAAAUCUGACCGUGAUCGCUGCCUUAGCUCCAUUUACGGUGGCGAUCCUUCUCUGGGAGAAACUGAGCA